ACGGUACACAAAACAAACACGACAGAGAGCAAAACGAAUCAAAGGAUCGGCCAUAGAACGCCACAAUGAACGGUAUCGAGACCGUCGCCGAAUCCAAUUACUUGGCUGAUCGAAUCAGUYGCAUGCGUAUCGAGACCGUCGCCGAAUCCAAUUACUUGGCUGAUCGAAUCAGUCGCAUGCGUAUCGAGACCGUCGCCGAAUSMAAUWACUUGGCUGAUCGAAUCAGUCGCAUGCAUGUUGACGAACAGGGCGAUGGACCUAUCGGCAGUGAGGUCCAUACUAUCACUCCUGUCCCAUUAGUCGCGGUCGCUCAACCUAUUGACGUCCGCGGCGUUCUUGACCCCAUCGAUGACAACGAUGUAGUCGCUCAACCUAUCUACAUUGCCAAAGUCGAUCACUAUGGCGAUCGAUCUGACCAACACAUCCACCAACAGGACGAUGGGGCCAUCUGGAGUGAGGCUGUAGCUAUCGCUGCGAAGGAUGCCCGUGAUGAAGCUGAUGUCCCAUACGCAGUCGCUGAAAUGAUAGAUGGCCACGCAAUAGACCAUUUCUCUCAGGGCUUCUAUUUGAGUGGAAAUCAAGAUGUGAAGUGUUCUCGGGGCUUCUUUGAGUUUUUGGGUGGGAUUCCAGAUACCAAUAGUUUUCAGGCAAGAAAAAGAGCAAGAUUUUGACGAUUGCCAUCGUUGUUAUUUUUGAAACAGAGAAAGUGCGAAGGUCGCCCAGCGUGUAGUAGGUGCAUGCGAGGCGAGAUGGCGAACUGAACUAGCGUCGCGAAGAUAGAUUGGUCGAGAAAACAUAUUGAUAGGUAUGAUGUUCAGUAGCAAUGGAGGAUAUGCAGCUGGUAGAUCAUGUGACAGUUGUCUAUCUAAUUGAGAGGUAUUGAAGUAGAGAGAUCUUACGUUCACGAAGGAUCCAAAAGAGGCUUCGUACAGAGAGACAGACUGAAACAUCGAAAAGGAUGCCAUUCUGGCACGAGGGCCGUGAUCAUUAAAGGUAUGUGGAAAGUUCAUAUUCGAAAUAGGAAUAGAGGAUUAGAGAGACUAGAGAAUUAGAUAGAGAAUACUUUAUUUGACUCAUUCAAUCUUCCCAAAGUUAACCAUCUCAACACUUGUGAUGCCCAGGUUUUUUCAAGUACAGAAUCCUUUUAGCAGAGAGGUUUGGGCAUCAGCUUGCGACUAUUGGGAACGAUUGAUACUCAUGGAGCGUCCAAUUUUUUUGUAUUUCUUCUAUUCUUGUUGAGAUUCUUCCAGGCCAAUGCAUCCAGUCCGAAGGCAUCUGCAAGGACCAUACUCGCACUCUGGUCGGUGAUAUUGACUUCCACCAAAGCAUGUGAGGGAUGGUUCCGAACGAAAUCCCGAACGAAAUCAAAAUGUUGGAAAUAAAUCGUCUUCAAAACUUCCUUGAUUUGUGUCCGGUUCUCGGGGGGAGGAACGCUGGGUAUGACACCCUGAAUGUAAUAUUCGUUCAAGAAUUGGUAAUGCAGAUUGUCGCCGGUCCCCCAUUUCAAAACCGAAUCAAUCCAAGGAUCAUAAUCUCUCCAAUUCAAAAUCCAGGUCGCAUUAGGGUACGAAUCGUGGAUUUCUCGAAUUCUAAAUCGCUGUGGAAAAAAAAUCCGCUGUCCCGGACCGUCGAAGUCGUAGGUGCCAUCAUCCAGGAGGUAACCCUUCCUGUCAUGAAAUUUUGGAUGGUACUUUAAUCUACGCGGUCCAUUGAUCUCACUGUAGACAUCAAAGUGACCGCAACCACUGAAAAUACUGGUUCUAUUGCCUCGUUUCAAAUUGUGAAGCAAGCAGUCUGCCAUGAGAGGUCCUCCUUGAAUCCUAGUGGAUUGCUCUUGUUCAAAAAAAGAGAAGUAGAAGCACGAGUAACGAUUGUAAUGAGGUAUGCAUCGAAUCCCAUGUCACCGUCACCAUCGCCAUUGCUAUCGACAAAGCAUUGUAGUGAAGGUAUCAUAGUAAAAAAGGUGUCUAUAG